CUUGCCGUAGCCUUGGCGCAUGCGCUCGAUAACCGAGCCGGCUAGGGGUGUAGGCGCUGGAGAUGCCUCUGCUCACCCCGCUUCGGUUCUCGUGGCGGCGGCUGCCGGCGGCCGGGGUCCCCGUGAAGAACCUCGGCCUCAGGACGGUGGCCUCUGGCGCCUCUUCCCCGAGUGGUGCCUCGCCCAAAGCCUUCAACAUCUUCGAUCGGGAUUUGAAGAGGAAGCAAAAGAACUGGGCGGCCCGGCAGCCGGAGCCGAUGAAGUUCGACUACUUGAAGGAGGAGGUUGGAAGUCGGAUUGCAGAUCGAGUAUAUGACAUAGCCAGAGAUUUCCAUCUUGCUUUGGAUGUUGGUUGUGGACGAGGUUAUAUAGCAGAACACUUGAAUAAGGAAACUGUUGGAAAGUUUUUCCAAACAGACAUUGCAGAAAAUGCUUUGAAAAAUGCCCUAGAAACAGAAAUUCCUACUGUCAGUGUUUUAGCUGAUGAAGAAUUUCUUCCCUUCAGAGAAAAUACAUUUGACCUGGUGGUUAGCAGUUUAAGUUUGCACUGGGUGAAUGACCUUCCUAGAGCACUUGAACAGAUUCAUUAUGUUUUAAAACCAGAUGGAGUGUUCAUUGGUGCAAUGUUUGGAGGUGACACGCUCUUUGAACUCCGGUGUUCCUUACAAUUAGCGGAAACAGAAAGGGAAGGGGGCUUUUCUCCACACGUCUCCCCUUUCACUGCUGUCAAUGACUUGGGACAUCUGCUUGGGAGAGCUGGCUUUAAUACUCUGACUGUGGACACUGAUGAAAUUCAAGUUAACUAUCCUGGAAUGUUUGAAUUGAUGGAAGACUUACAAGGGAUGGGUGAGAGUAACUGUGCUUGGAAUAGAAGAGCCCUCCUGCACCGAGACACGAUGCUGGCAGCUGCAGCAGUGUACCGAGAAAUGUACAGAAAUGAGGAUGGUUCUGUGCCUGCCACAUAUCAGAUCUAUUACAUGAUAGGAUGGAAAUAUCAUGAUUCACAGGCGAAACCAGCUGAAAGAGGUUCGGCAACAGUAUCAUUUGGAGAGCUCGGAAAAAUAAACGAUCUUAUGUCACAGGGGAAGAAGUCACAAUAAAUCUUUUAUUCAGUGUUAA